ACACACACGGUGUGCCAGAUUCCUCUGGACUCCACCCUGCUCUUCACUCUUCCAGGAAAUUUCCUUCACUGCUGCUCCACAGCUGUCUACCGCUGCUCAGCGUACAGCAGAACAGAUCUGAGAACAGGCAGACAGGCAGCCGAACAAGUUCUUAUGAACCCGUCUACCAGACCUCCACAGUACUUGGGAGUUUUUUUUAGUAAGCAAAGGGCGGGACUGACAUCGGAAAGCCUUGCUGUUGUCGCAUUUUAUCGCUGGGAAUUCAUACGACCAGGUUGUUUCUAACGUUGGCGUCGCUUACUUGGUGAAAUGUCCAGGUCAGACUACCCUCCAGGGUACGAUGACUCCCGGGGCGCUCUGUAUGUACCUCAGGGCGGGAAUUACCCACCACCCCCUGCGUAUGGCUUCCCUGCCUAUGGUGGUCUACAGCCAGGCCAGCCCUCUGCUCCCUACCCACCCGGUCCAAACACCCCACUGUACCCGGGCCAGCCAGGGGGCUAUCCUCCCGGGCCCUACCCUGGGCAGCCUCACCCCGGUGGGCCUCCAGGAGCUGGCUACCCUAGUCCCCCUCCCAUGCCCCCUAUCAUGCCACCUACCAUGCCGUCAGAUAUCCUGAGCUCUGGUGAUGAGUUUGCGGCGAGCGGCAGCGGUUGGGACAGUAUGAGCAUUCGGCAUGCCUUCAUCAGAAAGGUGUAUUUGAUUUUGGCGUCUCAGCUCCUUGUCACCACAGCCAUUGUGGCCGUAUUCACAUUCGUCCAACCUGUCAGAUAUUUCGUACAGCGAAACCAGGCUGUCUACUGGGCAUCAUAUGCUGUGUAUUUCAUCACCCACCUUGUGCUGGUCUGCUGUAAGGGCCCCCGGAGAAAGUUCCCAUGGAACAUCAUUCUGCUGUCCAUCUUUACGCUGGCUUUGUCCUACGUGACUGGAUCCAUUUCCAGUUACUAUGACACAAAAGCAGUGUUUCUCGCUCUGGGUAUCACUGCCGUCGUCUGCAUCGCCGUCACCAUCUUCUGCUUCCAGACAAAGGUGGACUUCACCAAAUGCCAGGGCCUUUUCUGUGUCCUGGGGAUUGUAGUGUUUGUGACUGGCAUCAUUACAACCAUUGUGCUCUCUUUCAAAUAUAUUCUGUGGCUUCACAUGCUUUAUGCAGCUUUGGGAGCCAUAGCCUUCACUAUGUUCCUAGCAUACCACACGCAGCUGCUGAUAGGGAACAGGAAGCACUCCAUCAGUCCGGAGGAGUACGUGUUCGCCGCGCUCUCCAUCUACGUCGACAUCAUCCAGAUCUUCAUUUUCCUGCUGCAAAUUAUCGGUGCUUCGACCAAAUAAGUGCACCCGAGGGUACACGACCAACUUGGGUCAACAGGGUGCAGACAAGUGCUCCGCUGCAGAACCGUUCCAUGUUUUAUAAAACAUUUACUUUGUUUUCAGUUAGAAUCAGAAUACAUUUAUAAAAUCAUGAUGCACUCCAGGGAAGGGCUGAAUUUGAGAUUUUCUCAUAGUAUAGGUAAAUCCUAUGCGCACAAAAAUGCACUUUUUCUGAAAUCAAUAUUUGUCUAUAUCUGCGUCAAGCAACUUACUAGUGGUUAAAAAAGAAUAU